UUGCACCAGGCUCGCAUUCAGCCGUUCUGUCUACCUGAACCUGCACAUACUGUACAGUAGCUCGACUCACAAUGUCAGACAGAGGAGCCUUCGAUACCAACGUGAUCACCCUGACCAGGUUCGUCCUGGAGGAAGGACGGAAAGCCAAAGCGACCGGAGAGCUGACGACGCUUCUCAACUCCAUGUGCACGGCCAUCAAAGCCAUUUCUUCUGCAGUCAGGAAAGCAGGAAUUGCAAACCUGUAUGGAAUCGCGGGAAACACAAAUGUAACAGGGGACCAGGUGAAGAAGCUAGAUGUCUUGUCCAAUGAUCUGGUCGUUAACAUGAUUAAGUCCUCGUUCACGUCCUGCGUGCUGGUCAGUGAGGAGGAUGAAAAAGCGAUCAUCAUUGAGCCCGAUCAAAGAGGUAAAUAUGUGGUCUGCUUCGAUCCGCUGGACGGCUCCUCCAACAUCGACUGUCUGGCUUCUAUUGGAACUAUUUUUGCCAUUUACAGAAAGGACAAUGACAGUGAGCCGACUGAGAAGGAUGCCUUGCUGCCAGGUAGAAAGAUUGUUGCCGCGGGUUACGCCCUUUAUGGCAGUGCCACCAUGCUGGUCCUGUCUACAGGGCAAGGAGUCAACUGCUUCAUGCUGGAUCCUGCUAUAGGGGAGUUCAUUCUGGUGGACCGUGAUGUGAGGAUUAAAAAGAAAGGAAAAAUCUACAGUCUUAAUGAGGGAUACGCUCAGUAUUUUUUCCCAGAUGUCACGGAAUACCUACAGAAGAAGAAAUUCCCAGAGGAUGGCAGCGCGCCGUACGGAGGCCGCUACGUGGGCUCCAUGGUGGCUGACGUGCACCGGACGCUGGUCUAUGGAGGAAUCUUCCUGUACCCGGCGAAUGUCAAGAGUCCGAAGGGAAAGCUGAGGCUGCUUUAUGAGUGCAACCCCAUGGCCUUCAUCAUGGAGCAGGCUGGAGGAAUGGCCACCACAGGACCCAUGAACGUGUUGGAUAUCCAGCCUGAGAACAUCCACCAGAGGGCUCCAGUUGUCCUGGGUUCCCCUGAUGAUGUCAAGGAGUACAUCGCUAUUUACCAGAAACACACCAAGUGAAACACAUGAUGUUUACCAAGCCAUUAAACUGAAAAAAAACAAGGUGGGGAAUGAAACCCCGGCCAUGUAUAUCCCAUGUGAUACUGUAUAUGUGUCCAUCAGUGGUGGGAAAUACUGUUCACCAUCUAUGCAACACCUAAAAACAAUACAGAUUUUCAGGGAAACAUUUUAUAUUCCAUAAAACAACUUCACUAUUCAUACACCCAUUUUUCACGUUAAAUAGAUCUAGUAGAUCUUUAUUGUAUCAGGAUCAGCAUGAGGAUUUGUAUAAAAUAAACAAAUAAACAUUUGA